AUGGCUCAGGUCGAAGCUGCAAAGCAGAGAGCCAAAGUGACUCAACAAGAACAAGAAAGACAGCGUUCACAUUUCAAAUCUAUACUUGGGGAAUUCAAGGCCUCAGAAGCAAAUAUUGAAACACGGGCAAUGGAAUCGAAUAAACCAGGAGUCGCCUCACGGAGAAGGAAGAGACAAAAAUUACAGAGCCCAACCACCAAGUCCAACGCAUUCUCAAAUGAUGCUGCAGAGUUCAUAAGAUUGAAGCAAGAAUACGAUGUGGCAGUGGACACGAUCUUGUCACUACAAAACGAUCUUCGAGAAAGAGAAACCGAGGCAGAACUGGCAGCACAAAAGCUCAAGAACCGAGAGGGCGAUCUGAGGGAUGUCAUUCAGCGAUACAAAGACUUGCACGAGGAAUACAAAAAGUUUCUCACUUUGGACGAUCCAUACAGCCCUAAUAAUGCCCACGUCAAAUUGAUCCAGGAACGAGACGCUGCUAGAUGGAAGGUCUCUGAGAUGGAAGGGGAGCUGCGCCAAGCAAAGGGAUCUGUCACAUCCGCCGUGACGAAGCAAAAUUUGGCAAAGCAGCAUCUGCGAGAUGUUAUUUUCCAAUACAAAACCCUUCAACGCGAGCACGAAGCAUUGGUACAACAAAUUGAAGGCUUGCGAGUGGACCUCCCGUCCUCCAACGCAUCGUCGUCGUCGUCAUCGAGGAGCCAAAAGAAGAACUCGUCGGUUUGGCGGUCCACAAGUAGCAUCACCGCAAGCACAGCAUCAUCUUCGACCCAUUGUUGA